AGACAUGUUGGACAGUUUUCUCGGGGAGCUUCGGAGACUCCAAAUAAGCUGCGGUCCACAGCGUGCGUCAUUGCGCAGCGGCGCGUCCAGCCCACAGUGGUUAACGAGAAUCCGCUGACAGAGCACAACCAGUUAUUCGCGCGGGCACGUGCAUGCGCGUAUCAGCAGGUCUCCGACUGGAACUGGAUGGAAAGUCUUGGCUGCGACCACAUCGAUCCGGCGGGAAAUUGUCUUACGGUGUUAUUCUCAGGAUGCACUGACUUCUAGGACAUGCUCACGGCGGUAAUCAGAUCACGGCGAUAAUCAGUUCCAGAUAAACUCCACCGAGCGUCUCCACUCACUCCGUCGGCAGCCAUGGCUCUCUCUGUGUCUGGAGGGACCCUGUUCACCGUCCUCCUCAUUAGCAGGUUGUUGGAAAAUUCGAUGCUCAACGCCGAAGUGAAAGAGGGAGAUAUUCUGCCUCCCACCAUCCAUAAGCUGAUGAAAGGAUACAACAAGUACCUCAGGCCUUUCUUCGACAAUGGACCUGUCACGGUGGGUAUGAGCCUGGACAUUGCCAGUAUUGACACCAUCUCAGAGAUCAACAUGGACUACACUGCCACCAUAUUCCUCCGCCAGCGCUGGACGGACGAGCGCUUGGUGUUCGAGGGCAACAAGAGCCUGAGCCUGGACGGGCGGCUGGUGGAGCUGCUCUGGGUGCCCGACACCUUCAUCGUCGACUCCAAGAAGUCCUUCCUCCACGACAUCACCGUGGAGAACAGGCUGAUUCGCAUCUUCCCCAACGGGACCGUCCUCUACGCGCUGAGGAUCACCACCACCGUGGCUUGCAACAUGGAUCUGACCAAGUAUCCCAUGGACAAGCAGACGUGCACGCUGCAACUGGAAAGCUGGGGUUACAACAUCAAUGACGUCAUGUUCUACUGGACCCGAGGGAACGAGUCGGUCAGCGGCUUAGACACUCUACAGCUGGCCCAGUACACGGUGGAGGACCACUACACCUCCGUCUCCGAGGCCGUGUAUGAAACUGGCAAUUACCCGAAGCUGGUCUUCCACUUUGAGCUGAGGAGGAGCAUUCUGUACUUCAUCCUAGAGACCUACGUCCCCUCCAGCCUGUUAGUGGUCCUCUCCUGGGUUUCCUUCUGGAUUUCCCUGUCCUCCGUUCCAGCUCGUAUCUGUAUAGGGGUGACCACAGUACUGACCAUGACCACUCUGAUGAUGGGAGCCCGGACGUCUCUGCCCAAUGCCAACUGCUUCAUUAAAGCCAUUGACGUUUACUUGGGCAUCUGCUUCAGCUUCAUCUUCGGAGCGCUCAUUGAGUACGCCGUGGCCCACUUCUGCAGCCUCUCUCACCUCGACGCGCACAUGCUGAUGUACGGCCACCACAUGCACGACCUGGACGACGAAAUGAACGGCAUCAUCACCACCAUCUCCAAUCACAACAGGGCCAAGAGGCGCAAGGAGGCGGCAGCGACCGCCGCCGCCGUGACCCCGGCGCCCGCCUCCUUGGAGCUCACCGUAAGCCCGUCCAGCCCCUCGGGCAGCGAGCCUAAGCCGGAAGCGUCACCCCCGAAGCGCACCCACUGGUGCCUCACCGCUCUGGGCACCGUCCGCAAAGUGCUGAGCGCCUUAUACUGCUGUCGGGUGGAGAACCCCCACCACAUAGACAACUACUCCAGAGUCACCUUCCCCCUCUCGUUUGUCAUGGUCAACCUGCUGUACUGGACGUAUUAUCUGUACUUUUAGCGUUUGUGUCUCCGAGAGAGAGGGGGAGAUGGAGCGGGUGUGUAGACAAGAAGUGUAUUUCACUGUAUUUAUGUACAGUAAGCGUUAUUUUGGUGAGUUUUGAGAAGAGAGUGUAAAUUUCCCCAUUUGGAUUCAUGAGAAAAGCAUUCCAAAUGGGGAAAGUGAUGCCUUUAGAUUACAGCUCCUUUUUUUAAAUGUAUUGUGUAUUUGAACUCAUUGCUCAACGUUUCAUACAGCUGGUAAAUGGUAGCCCCAUUCGACACGGACUGGGUGAAACUGCAUCAACGCUGAACAUCGCUUAAAGAAACCAAUCGUCCAGUUUUGUUGCAUCGCCGCUGUAGUGAUAUCUUUUCCGUGCCAGACGGUACUGUCAGACACGCCGAGGAUGGAGCUGUAAUUUGAGGCGUGACGAGGGAGGGAGAGCCGACUCCCCCUUUGAUUCUUUGUUGUGAUGGAAGGAUGAUUGACACCUGACGCAGAUUUGAGAGAAACGUUCCCCACACGGUGAGCAGAUGAAAGGUUUGUCUGCUGUGUGAAGUAUCAUGUGUCUCUUCAGGCCUCCACUUGUAUGACUUCAUCCUCCAUUUCUGCCUGCAGGAACAUUUGAGAGAUAUAGCAAACAUUAUGGAUGGGAGAAGAAGGGUGUAAGAGAGAGACGAGUGAGCUGAAAAUGAACUCCAUAGGGAGAGUGUGUUAAAAAACUAUAAAGCAGGGACGUUCUGCUCCAAGCUGAAAUCUCGGAUAUUUCUGAUUCACUGAGCAGUGCUCACAUUUAUAUUUCCAUACUCUAUUAAUGCUGUGGCCUUUGAUCCCUUCAGUCGUAUUCUGGAAAUCUGGCCACCCUGAACAGUAUCAUGGAGCUUGGUCAGUGGGAAGCAAGUCACAACAUAAAUAAAUUAAUUACAUGGCAUGUGAUUCAAUUUAGUUAAAUAUACAGAUCACAUGGUGUGAACUAAUUUCCCAAUUCUUAUUAUAACAAUUUGUUAUUUCAUUAAGUUUGUGUUGUUUUAUUUCAGAAUGUGAAUUUCUGGGAAAAGGGUAUUUUCCCCAUUUAGACAUUAUAUUUGGGACUUUCUAAACACUAAUUACCUCUUAACAUGGCUUAAUUACAGAUAUCAUUUCCAAGAUUUGAGCAGCUAGCUCUAGGUAGCUUGAGAAGCAACUGUUAUUUGAAAUUGACCAACAAUCUACUGCUGCUGAAAACCGUGCAAAAAUACAGACGCUAACCUUGUUUUCUAUAGUGUUUAACAAGGCUAUUAUUCUACCCAGUUAACUAGCUAGUGAGAGUAGCUGGUAUGCCUUGAUUAUUUAAUCAAUUUAACAUGUUAGCUAGUGGGCUAAAUCAGAUUUACCUCGCCAGUGUUAUUGUUCUAAUAAUGUUUCCUUAUGGAAAGGGGAAAUGUCCGUAUUUAUUUUGAUUUCUUAGUAAGCUAAUUGCUGCAUAAUUCUAAUAUUUAUUUAUGUUUUAUUUAUUCACCUUUAUGGAUUGCAUUAUGCUGUAUGUAUGUAUUCAAUGUUGAACACUUUGUGUCUCAAUAGUGGGCAGGUGAAAUACCGCAUUGUUGAUAGGUUAACAGGUAGCACGUAUUAGGAAUAUACGUAUGGAAAGUAAAACGUAAAGCAGCAGUCAGACCGAGAUGUGUUGGGCAUUGUAGAGUGAUUUGAAUAUGAAUGAAAUUGCCAGCAUAUUUCAAUAGGAUGUCAUCAUCUGUGCAUUACCCAACAUGAAAAAAGGCCGUGGAUAUGAUUAGGCUGUCACUUGUCUCCUCAGCCUUUUCUGAACAGUGUGUUUUUUCCCUUAAGAUGUCAGCCAAAGAGUCAAAGAUCACAAUUUCCUCUUUGUUUUCCUUCAGAUUUCAAUUUUUUAAACGUUAAUAUAUAAUUUUUGAUGGGAUCAUUUUGAAACAGCAUGCAGUGAAAGGACCAAUCAGAAUGGCUUCAUUGGCGAGGUACGCGAAAGGCCUACCUGGAAUUCGACCAUUAAGCUGAUUCUGAACUGAAUAUGACACUUUACAUUUGAGACAGAAAACAGGAUUCAGUUUCAACAACAGAGAUGCAUGUUUAUUUAUUGCUGUAUUUAAUAUUACUAUGACAUACAGGUACAUGCAUACACUGCAUUUCAUUUUCAGUAAAACCCAUUCCAUACAAAUUCAACGUAAGCUAAAUUGGUAAAAUCCAUUUAUAUUCCAUUGCCUUUUAAACAUCUAACAUUUUUUGAAAAAUGUCAUUGAGUUACAAAUAGUUUAGAUUGCUCACCUUGCUCAAAAAAAAUAGAAUAGUAGGAUUUACUUUGGUUUCUGUUCUUUCUGCAUGGUUAUCAAGUGCAACUUUUGUUUACUCUGCUUUGCUCGAUUAUGUUUAAGAUUAAUGUGAUAAAGGAGAGUAAAAUACCAAAUUGGCCAGCUUAGGCCAUUGAAAGGAUUUGCUCUGUAAUUGCUAAGGAUGCAACUAUGAGUUGGGGGUCUCCAGUGAUGCAGGAUGGUCAAACGUCUGUCCUGUUAUUUGAGUUUUAAGGAAAACAACACGCUAUCGGUGACCACUACUGUUCACCUUUCAGCUGCACCAUGUUUGGUAGAAGUCAGAGGGCACUGACCCUUUGAAAAGUCCAUGUGUUAAAACAAAAGACUGUUUGGUUUUACACAACAUAGCACCACGCUGUAAUGUUGAUGGUCUUCCCAGGGGAGCGACUAGUGCCAAUAUGAAGCCAAAGAACUAUGAGUUCAACCACAAAGAACGCCUCGUACCCGGUCGCAACUACAAUGCCGUUUUGGAUGUGAUAAUGCAUCACAGAACAGAACAUUAUGUGCAACGUGGCCAGGACAUAAUGUGGAGAAACUGUGGGCAACAGAAAAGAUGGCCUCCGUAUAAACUGCCCUUUCUUUCCCAUUGUAGUAACUGUCUAAUAAUGCUUCAAGUUGACCCACCUCACAGAUCCUGGAACAUGUGAAAUGUGAAAUGUAUUUAUAUACCAUCCUAAUAUAUGCAUCGGUUUUGCUUGACCUGUUGUAAAUAAAUACUAACACUGCAUGUUUAUUAGGUGUACAAAUAUGAAUGAUAGCAAUAAAAGAGGUGUAAAGUGUCUACUUA